CUGAUUUGAAGCUGCAUAACGUUCUUGAAUGCAGGCAAACUGACACUGAGAAGGACAAAGAAAAGUUUAAUUUCUGCACCAUGAAGAUGAUGACUGGGUUUCUGCAUGUGUGUGUCAUGAUGACUUUCACACACAGUCUCUCUGUUCCAGAGGAAACAACUGUACCAGCUCUUCCAGAGGAAACAACUGUGCCAGAUGGAGACAACUGGGGAACACCACCACCUCCACCAUCUACAGAAGAUGACUCAUUUGGGGGCUGGCAUCCAUCUUGCCCAGAUGGAUGGAGUAUGCACAGUCAACAGUGCCUCCUCUUUGUUCCAAAAAACAUGACCUGGGACGAUGCUCAGAAUAACUGUCAGUCUCGUGGAGGACAGCUUGCAUCCGUGUAUAAUGACCUUCAAGCUUAUGAGAUUCAAGAGGAGCUGAAGCGUGCUGGACAUGAUCAUGGAGCAUUUUGGGUUGGAGGCCAUAAUAGUCCAGGGAAUCCUUCUUGGUCCUGGAGUGAUUAUAUGGGAAUGUCUGCUUUUGCUGACUUUUGUAAUGGAGACACAGCCAAAGAUGAGCACCACUGUUUGCAAAUAACUUUUAGUGAGGAAAAGAGUGGAUGCUUAGAGAGCAUGGACUGUGAAACUGAGCUCCCGUCUAUCUGUGGAAACAUUAUUAUGUAAUUGUGAAUCAACUCUAUAAUGCAUCAGUAAAAAGCACAAUGAUCUGCAUUUUUCUUUCUCUGUAUUUCCACACCAUCGCUAUGAUGCAAACAAUCAGGCAUCAUGUGCAAUGAAUUGGAGCUGAAUUUUCUGUAUGAUUAAAAGAAAGCUUUCUCCAGACCUUUACUUUGUAGAGUGAACUGUAUCUCAUUCUUAAAUUAAAACUAUUAGCAUUGCAA